CUCCCUUCUUAACCAUCGAUAUAUUCUUUUCUUGCCCGGUAUCUGCAUACGACCUGCUUAUCACAAAUUGGUUAUAUCGUCAGUCUUGCAGCAUGCCAUCAGCGACAGGAACCAAGCGCGUCAGAGGCGUCUCUGUCUUCCGACCAUUCGUCUUUGGCAGUGAAGCCCAACCCUUCGACCCAGCCAAGAAACCUCCCCACGUCCCAGCAGACCACACGCACCAGUGGCGCGUAUUCGUGAAAGGCGUCAACGACGAAGACAUCUCCUACUGGCUAAAGAAAGUACAAUUCAAGCUCCACGAGACAUAUGCCCAGAACGUGCGAACGAUCGAACAGGCCCCCUUCGAAGUGACCGAGACCGGAUGGGGUGAAUUCGAGAUCCAGAUCAAGCUAUACUUUGUUCCGGAGUCGACCGAGAAGCCGCAAACCCUAUGGCAUAGCUUGAAGUUGCAUCCGUACGGACCAGACGCGGAAGCGAAGAAAGAGCGCCGCGAGCUGGUGGUCAGCCAGAACUACGAGGAGGUGGUGUUCAAUGAACCCGUGGAGCAGUUUUAUGAGCUUUUGACGGGUGGCGCGGGGGCGACAGGGCAACCGCAGAAGGGAAAGGGUGGAAAGAAUACCAAGCAGUCGCAGCAGCAGCAGAAGGGGGUGAGGACGGCUGAGAUUCCAGCGAACUCGUCCGCGGAGAAUCCGUAUAGUCGGACGACGGAGAGUAGUGAGAUGGAUCGGUUGGGGGAGGCGAAUAAGACGGUUGAACGGAUGAUCAAAGAGGAAAGGGAACGGUUGAUUGAGCGGGAGAAGAAGUUGGCGGAGCUGCGUGCGAGUGAGGGCGUCCCGGCUACUACAAAGAAGCGUUAAGUGUUGAGAAGAUUGGGAUGUGGAUGUUUGGAUAACACGUUCUGAGACGUGCUCUACUCGCGUGUUGAUACGCUUCGGUUGCCCAGCUGGCGUCAUUAUUGCCCGGCGAUAUUUGGGAUCUCCUUGCUGGCAUUGAUUAAACAGGUUUCCCCGAA